CCGCGCGAUGCAUUUUACAAUCGACCCUCCGAAAGGAGAGGUGGCACUCAAAAAGUAGCGAACAGUCACUCAGUCCUGGCCUGGGCUUUUCCUCCUCCGUCUCCACCCUCGAACUCUCUCUUUCUUCCUCUUCCUCCCUCAUAAGCCUGCCGAGUGCACCACUCGCUUAGCUUUCUCCCUCCACUCUUCCGCGCACUUAGUUUGUGUUGCAUAUAGCUGACGCUGACACUUCAACUCCCUUUGUCUCACUUUUCGCCAACGAUGACCUCAUAUUUGCAAGCACUCCUCUCGUGGUUGACAUCCACGUGCCGCUUCUACGGGUCAAGCCCGAGCAGCGAUGUUAACAAGAACGACAACGACGCGGAUAUAGCACAGCAGCCAUCGUCGUCAAACACACAAACCUCUGCCAACAAAACGGCGGCUGGCAAACGUGCAGAGCGACAUAUGCGCCGUUCUCAAAACGCAUCUACUUCAUCGACAUCAUCUACUAUGUCUACGUCUUCCGCAGCCUCUUCUUUCGCACCCGUCAUCCUGGUGCCCGGUGUCGUCAACGCCUCGCUAAUGCUUCUCCCAACCGACCCAUGCGAAACAAGCCGGCGGAGGGCACAUUCGUCCGCAAAGAAGACAAAGGCAAAAGCGACGGAACUGCAAAGAUUAUCUCGCGCUUCAAUCGACUCGCUCGAUUCAGAGACUUCAGCGGGCUCAUCGACAACUCCAGUGAGCCAGGAGCCGGCACACGGUACGAUGAGCCGUCGUUCGCCUUAUGCAAUUUCCGAAGAACACGAGACCGCUCCAGUUCUCAGGCUUCGCUGAAAGGAAGUAAGGAAAGAAAAAGAAAAGGGGGCAAAAGAAAGUGCUCGUCUCCAAUCGUUUGUAUGUGUCUGUUUUGAUCGGCGAUUCUAUAUCUUCCAUCCAUCCUCUCUGUACGCUUGUGUAGGAUUAAUCUGCAGUACCGGCUCCACUUUUGCCUCGUGCCUUCUAUAUCCUUUCCAGAGACUUCUCUCUUCAUAAUUCUCCCGCACUCCCCAUCUACUUAUGUAUUGGAUUGAGCAGUGAAAAGUACGGAUACGAAGUAAUGGAUGAUUCAGCUACCGCAUAUGAACAUUUCGUUUUUGACCUCG